AUGUGGGUGUGGGCCGAGCAAGCGCUGCCGUCGGUGGAGUCACUGCUGGCAGACACGCCCGGCCUGGGGCAGGAGCAGAGCCCGCCGCCGCCGGCGCGCGCCCGGCGCCGCGUGCCGCGACUCUUCCCCUUCGAGCCGGACCCGGAGCCGCCUGGACCGGUACUGCUGGACAAACACCUGCCAGUGCACACGGCGCCGGCCGCCGUGAACCUGGAGCUGGUCGUCACGGCGCCCGCCGGGAGCUGCUUGGACCACCACAAGGAGCAUCAGACGAUCCGGUCCAUACUGAAGCUGCAGCAGCAGCGGCGACGGACUAAGCCGAGCUCGCGGCCCAGCACGCGCUGCCAGAUCUGCCAGAAGUCGUUCGCCAAGCCGGGCCUGCUGCGCCGCCACCAGCUGAUCCACACCGGCGAGAAGCCGUUCAAGUGCGAAAUCUGCGACCGCGCCUUCAACCAGAAGAGUGCGCUCAAGAUCCACCGCGAGUCGAAGCACGGCAAGAUCCGGCCCUACCAGUGCACCAUCUGCAAGAUGUUCUUCGCGCAGCGCGGCAACCUGCGCAACCACGUGCGCCGCGUACACAACCUGAGCGAGGCGCGCGAGCGGAUCUUCAAGUGCGAGCACUGCGGCUGCGGCUUCGCCACCAGCGGCGUGCUCGGCAGUCACAUCAGCAAGAUGCACGAUCCGCCGAGCAACACCGGGAUGAGCGCCGACGCGCUGCGCGACCUGGUCCGCCAGCUGCUCGACUACUCGGCCGGCAACGCUGCGGCGCGCGACCGCAUCCAGGCGCAGAUCCAGGAGAUCGCGCGCUCCGGCGUCGUGCCCGACUGCGUGCUGCCGGCGGCCGAG